AUGCAGCGAUACAUUGUGAUCCUGACAGUUCUGUUUGGCGGUAGCGCCGCAACUGAUUAUCAGUGCUGGAACUUCCAAUCGACGGACGAAAUAAGACACAGAUAUAUUACAACCAUCAACAACUACAGAUCUCAAAUCGCAUUAGGAACGGCGCCGAACAAGAAUGGCACGUGCCCACGCGGCCAGAAUGUCUACAAACUGUCUUGGGACUGCUUCUUGGAAAUGCAGGCACAGAAUGCUGCUGAUCAAUGCAGCGAGAACGUGAAAGGACCCACGGGAUAUUCACAAUUGGUGCAGAAGGUCCGUAUCACAACCUGCAAUCUUGCUCCAAUACCAAAGAGCACAGUGGAUGGGUGGUGGUCAGAAGUGAAGAGUGUAGGUGUUAACAGCAACAACCCAGUAAACGCGGAAAAUCUGCAGAGUUUUGCAACGUUAGCUAAUGGGAAAGCCACGAAAAUUGGUUGUGCUCAAAGAAACUGCGGCGCUGACCUCUACGUUGUAUGUGUUGUGUAUGACAGCCAGCCUGCUCUGAACACGCCAAUUUAUGAGGUUGGAGAAGGAUGUACCAGUACCAAAGAUUGCACCACUUUUGCGAAAUCGAAGUGUAAUGUGGGGACAAGUUUGUGUUUGGCCGGUUACAUAGACACCACCGCCACAAAUACUACUACUACUACUACUGCUACUACCAUUACCACUACAUCGGCCAGUCAAACUGAUAACACUAUUUGCCCUAACAAUCAAGUGAUAUCCGAUACACUCAGGAAUGUCUUCCUCAAGCGACAUAACCAAAUAAGGACCCGAGUUGCUCAAGGAUCAUUCGCUUUGAAAGAUGGCAAGUACGCUCGCCGAGCAUCCAAAAUGAUAGAACUGAAGUACAAUUGCGAUGCGGAGAGCAGUGCGAAUGAUUGGGCUAAACAGUGCAAGGAUUCAGAUUCUUAUUCCAAUAAGUAUGAUGAAAUUCGAUACGUCUAUAAAGGCACUAACACUGACUUGGAAGCUAUCACAAGAUCUGCCAUUAACGUGUGGAGGAAGGAAGCUGAAACCGGCAGCUUCCUUCAAGGACCGAAUGACAAGAACGUUUACCAAUCAGCACUUGGGAUACCAAAUCUCGCAAAGAUCGUUUGGGACGACCAUAAGGAGUUGGGUUGCGCGGUGGUAAAAUGCUCGGAUUUUACGAAUGUAGUUUGUCACUACACUCCGAAAGUGUUCACCACAGGUGGACAAAUCUACAAGAUGGGCGAGCCGUGCAAACGUUGCUCUGCGGUUGGACAGGCAGUAUGCAAGGAUAAUCUCUGCGCUCUCAACUGA